AUGUCGACGGGAGGCAAUAUUGUCUUGCAUGGCGUCAGCAACAAAAUGAGGAUUGAGACUUGCAUAGAUUCUUGCAUUCAAUCGGUUUUUACGUACGCAGCACUGAGCAGCGGGGAUGAAUGCUACUGCACGAACGUUUCUUCAAGUUCAGAAUUUCUGUCUUACGUCGACAGCAGUCUCUGUGACUUGAAUUGUGCUGGCGACAAGUUGCAUCAUUGUGGUGGAAAAACAGUUAUGUCUGUUUAUAGAACUUCAGUUCCAGACGCAAGAUGCUCGUCGAUACAUUUUGGCUCCCCGGGUUCACUCCCGCUCGUUGCGUUAGCUUCGUACCCCGCCGGUAAUACAUGGACGCGAGAACUGAUAGAAAAAGCUACAGGACUACAUACGGGCAGUAUUUAUUGGACAGCAGAGAGAAAUAUGCCAUUGUCGAAAAAAGUGACAGCUAGUAGUUUUCUUUACUACACGGAUGCAUACUCUUUUCGUAAUCACUUCAAUUUUGACAACAAAGUUUUCCCAGGAGGAAACGCAGACUACAAAAAUCACAACACCAUCUGCGUGAAGACACAUCUGCAUGACCGAGACAGGUUCGAGGCUGCUAUCAUGCUCAUUCGAAAUCCACUCAAGGCCAUCGUUGCCGAAGCCUUCCGGAGACAGAUCUUCGAAUCGCACCGGUCUCCAGUGGACGCGAUUAAGUUUUUCAAAUCAAAAGGAUGGGAGACAUUUGUAUAUGAGCAAUUAAAAAACUGGAAUUCCAUGAAUAUGCAUUGGCUACAGAGCAAAAAACCACUCCUUCCCGUCGUUUACGAAGAACUCGAAUCUGACACUCGCCGGGUGUUGACGGAGAUCGUCGCAUUUCUGAAUCGGACAGUGGAGCAUGAACGAAUCAUGUGUGCAACUCAAGAACAUCCAUCCUCCUUAGCGACAUUUACCUCGCUUGGAAACCACGGAAGACAGACACGUGUUUAUCUUACUGCUGACCCUUUCACGCCUGAAAUGCACCAGAAAAUAGUUGACAGCGUAAAACUUGUCAACGCAACACUCUUUCAACUCCACAAGAGAUCAUUACCGGUUGUUUACCUGAAGAACAUUGAUGUCUUCUAG